UGCGCCCGCAUUAUUUACAUGGAGAAGUUCAAUGUCAAGAAGAAUGUCCCUCGCAAAUAAUAGACAAACAUAAGUCUAUUGAAAUUCAUCAUGUCUAGGCAAGUAGGCUCUCUCCCUAAUUAUCCUAUUCUCACAAAAAUCAAAAGCUAAUCUAUAAAUAAAUAGUAAUAUCCUCUUUCUGCCAUUUCGAAAGGCUACCAAUCUAUCAUUAUCAGAUGCUAUAAAGCAAUACAUAUCCACCAAAUAUGAUCAACAUCCGGAUAUGUUCAGGCAAGACCUGGAGGUCAUUGAUGCUUUACGAAGAGAUGCAAUACAUGUUCAAGAACCUCAUACCAGUGGGAUAAGGAAGAUAUCAGCAUAUGCGGGGCAACUUUCCUGGUUGGGGGGUAAAUUCCCUAUAGACGUAUGUUAACCUGCCACUUUUCCACAUAUACAUACUAACUCAUCAUGUCAGAUCGGAGUGGAAUUCUCAUGGAAGGUAGCUCUAGGUUACAACGCCGAAAGACCUAUCGUCCAAAAUAAUCUCAAAUUCGAACUCGCAAAUAUAAUGUUCAACCUCGCGGCACUCUACUCUCAACUCGCCAUGUCUGCGAAUAGAGCAACUUCCGAUGGUUUGAAAGCUGCUUGUAAUAACUUUUCUCUUGCAGCGGGAGUUUUAAAACAUCUCAAAGGGGAAAUCAUACCGGAACUUCGCACGACUCCUCCUGAAGAUAUGGAUGAUAAUACACUUGAGUGUCUUCAAUAUCUCAUGUUAGCACAAGCCCAAGAAUGUUUUUGGGCAAAGGCUGUAAACGACGGAUUUAAAGAUGGAGUGGUAGCGAAACUAGCAGCGAAAGUUUCAGACUUAUAUUUAGAGGCAGGAGACUGGGGUAUGAAGAGUGAAGCUAUAAGUGCGGAGUGGAUACACCAUUCAUCAGUUAAACAUCAUCAUUUUGCUGCUGCUGCACAAUAUAGAAUGGCUUGUCAUUGUUUAGAGAAGAAACAAUAUGGCGAGGAGGUGGCAAGAUUGAAGGAUAGUCUUGUUUGUGCUGAUGAAGCAAUGAAAGAAGCCAAAUUUGUCAAUAAAGUGGUGCUGGCGCAAUUACAAGCCUUGAAGCUUGCGGUAGCGGAAAAUUUGAAAAGGGCCGAAAAAGACAAUGAUUUAAUUUACCUUAGUAAGUUUUCCUGUAUUUAGUCACUUGGGUGACGCUCCGCUGACCCUCCGGGGGCUACUGCCGUGGAGGCAGACUAUUUGGCAAAAAGUCGACUUUCGGGGGUAGCGAGCUAAUGGAGCUUGGGGCUUGCCACAUAUACAACCAAAUACAUCGCGCCGAACUAUAGCUAACAUUUUAGAUCCUGUACCGCCCAAGACCGAACUCAAAGUUCUUGAACGAGCAAAUAUGGCAAUCUCCAAGGUCCCAAAAGAGAUCUCGGAGCCCAUGACUUUUCUAGGGGAUCAUAAAGAAUUUGGACCACCCCUCUUCUCUAAACUUGUACCAUUUGCCGUUCAUGUGGCAGCUAGUAUUUACGAAGAACGUCGCGACAGAAUUGUUCACAAUAAUAUCAUCGACGAACUUGAGAUUCUAACCACCCGCAUCCAUGAUACCCUUCGUUCCCUCAAUCUUCCUGGCUCUUUGCAAGCCCUCGAAAAACCUUUAGGUCUUCCUCCUACUCUCCUUUCACAUGCGGAAGAACUUCGUCAAGCAGAUGCCAUUGGUCGUAUCAAUCGAUCCUUUUCCGAUGCUGCAAAACUUAAAGCAUCAGAUGAAGCUAUAUUUCUCGAGGCUAAAGAGUUGUUGCAAUCUGAAGCCUCUGAAAAUGAUCGCUUACUAAGGAAAUUUGGAAGUGAUAGAUGGACUCGUUUAGAUUCUCGGUCUGCAUCUCCGAAGUUAUAUAAACAAGUCGAUGAAAUUGAAGGUUAUUUCAAAAGUGCAGCUAAUAGUGAUCAAGUUGUUGUGGUAAAAUUCCGCGAGUACGAAUCUAUUCUCCAGAUUCUUACUAGUUCGGAUCGCGAUAUUGGAAAUUUUGUCCCUAGCUCUCGACGAGUGAACAUACCACCAAAUCUCGAAGGAGAAGUAUCGAAACUUAGGAAUUCUCUGAACGAAAUCUCAAGAUUAGAAAGCAGAAGAAGGAGGAAAAUCGAAUCACUAAGGGAAAAGGCAAAGAAAGAUGAUAUUAAUCAUAGCAUUUUAAGCGAAGCCGCUCGUCUGGAACGAGAAUACCCUUCCACGCCUGUUGUUCCUGCACAUUUUGAAGAUUUCUUCGAGAAGCGCCUCUCCCAUAACUAUGACGCGGAUCUCGGGUCCAUCAAAUCCGAAUCAGAGGAACAAGAAAACCUUCUACAACAAUUACAGAAAGCGAAUGCAUCAUUCAUCAAAGCUAGAGCAGGAGACACAAGCACGAGGGAGAGAGAACAAGCAUUACAAAAACUUGAAAUGGCUUAUUACAAGUAUAAAGAAAUAGUCAACAACGUGGAUGGAGGACGAAAGUUUUACAACGAUCUUGCAAAAAUAGUAGGAAGGUUUAGAGAUGGUUGUAAAGCGUUUGUAGCGGAAAGGAGAGAGGAGAGUAGGAGAAUGGAGGCGGAUCUAUCAAUGCCAUUGGCACCGAUGAGUUCAUUGAGUUUACAUCAUCCGCAGCCUGUUGUACAUCAUGCGCCGCCACCUCCGCAACCACUUAUUGCAGUUCAAAUGCAAGGUCAAGGCCAGGAAGUAGCAAGUCCGAGGAGAGAAUUGAGUCCAAUUCAAGCGCCGGUUCCACAAAGAGCGAGUUUGCAGAGUACACCUGUUAAUGUUGUUGGUGUGGGUGGCUUGCCGGGAGUAGGAGGAAUGCCUGGAGCAUUUGGAGCUGGAACCUGGAAUCCGGAGUUGGGGAUUAAAUUUGGAGGUGGGGGGGCGCAAAAUUCGGAGAGUGCACCUGGAUCUGGAUCUGGAGCUGCGCCUGGGCCAACACAGGCACAGACGCAGGCGAAGCAAACGACUUGGGAUCCGAGUGCUGGGUUGAGAUUUGGUUGAUUUGGGACCAUAUAUUUGGGAAUAGGAGAAAAUAGUGGAAGACUAGGGUGGAUAUUCUUAUGUAGGUGGAAUGGUAUGUAAUGAAUGGGAAAUAUGUAACUAUAUGAACUCGGUGUAAAAUCCAUAACCCCACAAGGAGGUAGGUACACAUACGUGCAUACAUAUAAGAUAUGAACAAAUGAACCAUGUC